AUGUCGGACUCGGGUUCUUCAUCCUCUUCCAGCACGUCCGACUCGCCGCGGGCCGGCACACCAGAACCAGGGUUUGUGCCAGAGGUAGAACAAGAACCUGCAACCGAAUCAGCUGCUGCGGACGGGACCACGCAAGAGAAGACUCCAUCUUCAACCCCGGAGGCUGAUCAGCCAGAAACUGAGACAAGCCCUCAGGCAGAGGAAGAGCCAGAGCCAGAUCCAGAUGCCGAACCCCUCCAUGUUACCUGGAAAAGUGAGGGGAGCCCGGAUCCCGCCUCCGUAGCUGCAGACUUCGUAGUAAUCCAUGGAGUUUAUGGCGGGUGGGAGGACGAAGCUCGGGCAGGGCCCGGCUCUGGAAGUAGUGAUUGGGUCUCAAGUUAUGCGCAAACACUCGAGCCCUCGAGAGUCCUUCGUUUCGAGUACGAGCCACUUCAACUCUUUUGUGGUAAACGAAGCCGUCAAGCUAUCCGAAACUGCGCUCUCAAGUUACUGAGAGCGCUCGCUGCUCGGAGGCGGCAUGAAACUCAAAAGCGGCUGAUUAUUUUUGUUGCUCAUGACAUCGGAGGACUCAUAGUCAAAGAUGCUUUAGUAGCGGCAGCUCUUGACACGGACUCAUGGAUGGACAUUGCAGAAAUGAGCCGCAUCAUGGUCUUUCUCAGCUGCCCUCAUCGAAGCGUCGACCACUUCGAUAUGGAAGAUAGACUAUCUCGCUUUCUUUUUGGUGGCUUUGACUCGGGGGUGGCAGAGAUUCGGCCCUCAGCGUCUGCUAUUUCUGGAUUUGCGGCAGCUGUAAUGGAAAUCAACGGCCUAUUUAUCGAGUCGAAAAUCACUCUCCGCAGCAGGGCAGUCAGCAUUCACUAUCAAGACAUAUAUUGGUCGAAGAUGAACAAGGCAUUUGACUCUUACAGCGCAACACUCAGGGUGCCCAUGGAGAAGAGAAUACCUGAUCCCGGUGAAGACUCUCCUAUUACUGAAUGUCUUCAAGGAUUGCUAAAGGCCUUGAGUUCUCCAGUGAGCGCAGAACAGCUACGAUAUGAGAGAGAGCUGCUAGCCCUAGCGUCCCCCGUCUUUCCCUUACAAGGUGGAAAUCGCAACAGUGCAACAAUAGAAAACUCCCAACAUGUCAAAGACUGGCUUCAACACCGCGGUCCACAAAUGCUCUAUCUUCACGGCACCAAACACGUGCGCGAGACGGCUGAGCAGGUUUUUUACAUUAUGGAAGAGCAUGCUCUCAAGAGUACCACUUCCAUGGUACUGUAUUUCUCUUUUGAUAGAUACGACGUCAGAUGUGACUCACUCAGAGACAUGCUCGCUACCUUCUUGGCCCAAAUCUUAUGUUUUUAUCCCGGCGUCGCAGACCGUAUCAGAUUGACCUUCACCCGUUUCCAUGAAGAGCACGGAUGGACGGAGGCUGAUCUUAUCUACUGGUUCGAACGCUUCAGGUUUACUGAGCAGGUGGAGCACGUCAUGUUUGUUAUAAAUCACUUUGACGAGUGUACCAAGGGUUCUCGGAAGCAACUCCUCGACAACUUUGCCUAUCUCUCACAGGCGAGUGAGAACUCUUGGAAAGUCGUCGUCACAAGCCAUAAGCCUGGCGCUCUUUCAGAGGAGCUUGCGGGCCCUUGGUGCGUUAAUCUUGAUCUCGACGCAUCUAAGGAAGACCUAAUCAACAUCGCCGCGACCGACUCCAAGGACGAUAUGGCACGGCUACUUACGGCACGACCAGAACUUCACUUUGAGCCCAGUAUUAUUGAAAACCAACUACAAUAUAUUGACAAGUACGAUCCCCUCAUCAAACAUAUCAUUUGGGAGCAGGCAGCAGUACGGCAAGAUUGGCCCGGUGAAACUUCCAUUGAGACCAUGCUUGAAUCCUUAACCCUCGACGCCGGCGCGGUGGCUGAUGACGAUCAAAAUCUGGAACAACUACUCGCUUGGGUGCUUAAGAAUGCCCCCGAACCAGGCGUUCUGCGAAGACUCCUGACAUGGCUUCUUUAUUCUGUCCGACCGCUUACUGUCUGGGAGCUCGCAACGGUUAUCUAUCUUGGAUCUGAUCAGGAAGGCCAAGUGUCUCCUGAUUCGGCAGUGGUAGACAAGCUCAUCUCCAAUGUCAAGCUAUGGCUUGCGGGAAUUGUCGUUAUACAACAUAACGAAGUCAAAAUUUGGCAUCCACGACUGAGAAAUAUCCUCAUGGCGCUAGAUGCCGAUGCAUCUGCCGAGUCUCAGUUUGUUUGGCGCGAGAUUAAGAAAACCGCCCAUUUUGACAUUGCCCAGUUUUGUCUCAAAUAUCUCUCUCAGCCAGCCGUGCAAGAGUAUAUCAGCAACACGUUUCAGGUAACAGAUGCCGCGUCUUUUGAGUCGCCUACAUUUGCGAAUCGAGGAGAUCUAUGCUCUUACGCUCUUCAAGCUUGGACACAUCACUUUAUGCUCAGCUCGCCUAAGCCGGAGCUAACAGGCCUUCUUUCUCACUUCUCGCCUACGGAUUUAGCAAGUAGCUGGGCAAAGGGUUUCUGGGCGCUUUCAAACCCAAUCACCAGGGGCACAACGUGUUUGGAUACACUCUUUCCAAUUUUCGCAGGCCUUGGCUUGCUUGACGUGGUUGAAGCACGAGACGAGGCAGACAAACGCCGAGGCCUGCUUGAGGCCGCCUCGAAAGGCCAGUACGAGGUAGUCCUUGCACUCAUAAAGGGACUUGACAUGUCAGAAGCAGCACUCAUGGAUGUUAUCAAAGCCGCUGGAGCUUGCGGAGAUGAGAAAAUCAUGUUAGAUAUGCUUGAUCGCAUCAUCGCGAUCAAUCCAAGCCCAGAUACUACCACCUGGCCUCCCUUGUUCAUUCACAGGGCUGCAUGGCUAGGUCUCGAUCGAUUUGCCGACCGUAUACUCGAUUUGGGAUAUCCUCCCGAUAUUGAGGCUGACUGGACGCCUAUCACCAAGGCCACGCCGCUCUCCCAAGCCGCUCGCAAUUUCCAUGCAGGCAUUGUUCGUACCCUUAUUAAGCACAAUGCGGACAUAACAUCUCGCCAUCUCUACGAUAGAACUGCCAUCCAUCAUGUGGCUGGGCAAGGCCAUGCUGAGAUUGCCAAGAUUUUAGUCGAAGAGGGGAAAAUCGAUAUGGAAAUCACAGAUGAAGAUGGCUUUACGACUCUCUACUUCGGAUGCCUAUGGGGCCAUCAUCAUGUCGUUGAGGUGUUGCUGGAACUAGGUGCCGACCCCAACAUGGGCAUCAAAUCUGAUGAUGCGCCGGAAAAGUGGUCGCCUCUAGUAGUAGCUGUUGAUGACGGCUACGAGAAAUGCGUCAAACUCCUCCUUGAUAAGAAGGCCAACCCUAAUCUUCCUGGCCCUUCUCUAUGGGGUACCGCCCUGCGAUAUGCAGCAGUCAAGGGUCAUCUCAAAAUAUGUCAAAUGCUGGUUGACAGCGGCGCAGAUCCCAACAGCCCAUUGAUCCAGCCUCCAAUCCUCAUUCAGAUGAUUACUGAUUAUGAAUCCACUGAGAAUCAAAUGGAGAUAUUUGAUUUCCUCAUUUCACACAAUGCCGAUGUGAACGCAAAGGACUCUGCCGGGACGCCCGUCUUGAUCCACGCCAGCAAAAGCGGCUCGAGAAUGGAUUUCGUCCAACGGCUCCUUGAUCACGGUGCCGACGUCAACAUUUUGAAUUCAGAUAACCAGUCAGCCCUCUACACUGCUGCACUGGAUAGGGAAGAAGCACUCGUCAAAUUACUGGUGGAGAAGGGCGCCAAAGUUAAUGAGAUGACGACGAGCAAUCUAACUCCUCUGUACUUUGCUAUUCCGGAGCCUGAUAUUGUUCGGCUACUACUCGAAAACGGCGCUGAUCCAGACAGCAGUAAGAACGCAGGAUUUACCAGUCUCAUGCAUGCUGCUUGGUUCAGCUACACCGAAAGUUUAGAGCUACUCCUGGACCACAAUGCCAAUCUGGAAUUGGCUUAUGAUGGAGACGACGAGAAUCAGAUGGGGUGGACAGCUCUUUCAUGUGCCGUAUCUCAAGCCUCCAAAGAGACUGUUCGAAUACUAGCGGACCGUGGAGCUGACCUUAAGCGUUUAUCGGACCAGGGUGUGCCUGCUCUGCACCUGGCUGCUGGGGCAGACACGCUCUCGGUUCUUUUGGAGUUUCCAUCCAGGAUUGAUGUCAACCAACUUGACAAGGACGGAUACUCGGCUCUCCAUAAAGUCGACAUAUCCCUGGAUAACUUCAAGCUCUUAAUUAAUGCCGGAGCAAAUAUGAAUAUUCAGGACAAAAAAAGGGGCGAUACUCCCCUCACAAUAGCGGCCUACAACGGCCUUCUAGACCGCGCCCAAUACCUCGUCAAACACGGCGCCGACAUUCACCUCGCAUCGCCUUGUGAUGGCCCUCCUGUCCAUCAAGCUUGCCGAUACUCAAAAUGGGACCUUGUGAAGUUCUUUGUCGAGAACGGCGCCAACGUGAAUCAAGUCACCGAGUUUGGAAUCGCCGGAACUCCACUACAGGCAGCGUGUCUACCAUACGCAAGUGGUGAAGAUCGGAUUAUCGACAAAAUGGUCGACUAUCUCCUUGACCAUGGAGCGGACGUGACGUUGGAAGGUGGUUACGCUGGUACUGCUCUGCAUGCGGCGGCAUAUGCUGCAACUCCAAUCACAAUCAAGACCCUCUUAGACAAGGGAGCAAUUGUCAGUGCUAUAGAUCCCAUGGGCCGCUUCCCUAUUCAUGCUGCCGCUUUCCAUGGCAUCGAUAACUUUGACGCAAUCCUUGCGGCAGGGGGCGACAUCACCGUACGAGACGGCAUUGGGCGAACCGCACUGCACUGGGCCGCACAGCCCGGAAGACUCCAGGUUGUUGAAAAGAUAAUAUCUCUCUUGCCCGACAAAAAAGCAAUCGACGAGCCAGAUAUCGACGGCUGGACGCCGCUAUGCUGGGCAGCUCGUGGUCCUAGCAAUUGGCUAGAUCAGGAACACGCGGGAGAGCCUCAAGAGCAGAUCAAGGUGAUGAAGCUUUUGCUUGAGAACGGUGCCAAUCGUUCUGUGCGAGUCGCUGUUGGAGGGCAAAAGUGGACACCCUUGAAGCUGGCUAGGUUCUCCAGUGCUGAUGAGGAAGUAAUUGAGCUGUUGAAGAAUGGCCUUGUUUCCGCUGAUGAAAAAGACCAAGACGAAAACAAGUCCAAGUCACAGGAAGAGUCUGAUGAAGACAAGUCCAAAAAGGGGAACCUUCGGACAGCAACGUGCGACAAUUGUCGAUGUAGUAUUUACGGCUUCGCCUAUCACUGCAACAAGUGUACCGACUUUGAUCUAUGUUGGAAAUGUCAUUCUCAUAAGGAGCUGAUUCAUCCUGCUGAUCACACGUAUGAAGAAGAAGGUCCAGAAUUUGAAGAUACACCAGAUGAUUCUCCAGAUGAUGAUGCGUCGUCAGAAUCUUCAGGAUCCACGGACUCGGACUCAGAAUAA